AAAUGUUUCAUAUUUUAGAAUUUAGAAAAAAAAAAGCACAAUAUUUUAGAAAUAAAAACAAACCCUUUAUUACGAAAUAAAACGAAAAGGAAAAAAAAACACUAAUUAAUUUUGUUUGUGCAUCGAAGUAUUAGGGAUUUGGAAUCCAAAAGCAAAAUCAAAUAGAUUUUCAAGAUAGGGAAUCGACCAAUAAAAAAGCCGCAACCCUCCACGUGUCAGCUGCUCACAUCAUCCGAGCAUUGACCUGAGAAAUGCUGUGGAUAGCUAGGGAAAUUCUGUCCCAAAUUCAUCAACAAAAAUCCGAAAUUUCCUCAAAAUCCGAAGAGAUAGAAAGAGAAAACUGCGAGGGCUUACUCAGAAUUGCGAAACCUCCAAAACCCAUUUCUUGAAUUCUUUGUUCAGUAAAAGGCUUCUCGCCCCAAGGAAUGGCAGCGGCAGCUUCCACUUCUAUGGCGGCCGCCGCCGUCUUGAUGCACCGCCUCCCCGCCGCCAAGCUCGCCGCCGUCUUCAAUCCCUUGCCCAACCGUCAAUCUUUGAACUCCCGUCAGUUCAAACAGCUCAAAGGGACCACAAGGUAUCCAGGAAUCCUCGUCAAGGCUUCUUCAUCAGAAGAGUCAUCUCUCGACUCUAGUGAAUUGUUUACUGAUCUAAAGGAAAAGUGGGACGCCAUUGAAAACAAGUCUACUGUACUUACUUAUGGAGGUGGCGCGAUAGUAGCCAUUUGGUUGGCUUCGGUGGUUGUUGGUGCAGUCAACUCGGUCCCUUUGCUUCCAAAGAUUUUGGAGCUGGUUGGACUUGGAUACACCGGAUGGUUUGUGUACCGUUACCUUCUUUUUAAGUCGAGCAGAAAAGAGCUGGUGGAAGACAUCGAAGAAGUAAAGAAGAAGAUCACUGGUACAGAGUAGAACUCAUCCGGUGAGGUCCCAGAAUCAGUUUCCUCGUCUGCCUGCUCAUAUCCUCGUCUGCUCGUUUCCUCGUCUCAAUCAUAGAUAGGCUGUUUUGUGUAUUCUGCAGAAGAGGCAUCUAGUGUGUGUGAUGUAGAGUAGGCCCUUGUGUAUUUUGCCUUCGUUUCGACAGUUUGACACAUGCAAAUAAUGUUCCAUUAAUUCUCAUUAAACAGCUUUGCUUGUUGAUUUUUGCUUA